AACCAUUCAUUCUGUUUUAACUUCUGCUACCAUGCGGUUGCAAACAGGAUUAACUGUUUGUGGUGUUUUGAUCCUUCCCUUGGUGUCAAGUUUACCACAUUCUAUCCCAGGCUCCAACAGAUAUAGAAGGAACUGGGCAGGUUUUAAUAGAAGAACUGCUCGUACUUCAAGCAAGAAUAUUCUAGAUGUUCUUUUUCCGAACAGACCCAGGAGUAAAUGGCCGACAGCUGUUGAAGACUACUCGGCAGAAACAGCUGACUUAGAUCUGCGCCAAUCAGCUGAUGCUGGCUUCCUCCAAUCAGCUGAUGCUGGCUUCCUCCAAGCAGCUGAUCUCCCACAGCAGGCCAAGGGAUACUUUCUUAACCUUCAAAGUCAAGUCAUCCCUAAGGAUAACAACAAAACCCCAGGAAUUUCCAGCCAUAUUAGGUCUCAGGAUUAUAAGCUACAGGGUUCAAGAUAUCAUCAUGAUCCACUAGAUCAUGAUGGUUCUGGAUAUUAUCAUCAAAGUCCAUCCGUUCUACAAGAAGAUGAUGAUUCCGAAGUCAAAGGAAGAGUUCCUCGUUACAACAGAGCAGAGGAAGACGUUAAGGAAAGUUAUGUUGAAGAACUGAAUGACUUGGCUGAGUUAGAUUUUGGACAAUCCCAAUCCAUUGGAGAGCUAAGGGAUAUCCAAAGCUCUAACCUAAAAGGAAAUAGAGGGAACACCCAGGGAGAGGGAGGAAGAUUAAGCAUAACUAAUAAUCUAGAUGUUUUGAGGAACCGGUUGAUGAAAGAGAUAAUUAGAAGAAGACAGAGUGGAGUUGUUGUUUACCAAGAACCUGUUCGAUCUCUGGGACAACUUGGAGACCUGGGUUAAAGGAUUUGAAAUAGAAAGUGAAAAGAACAAAGGAGGCUGGAAUUUUAAUGUUUUAAAAUUAUGUGUCUUGUUGUAACUUGUCUAAUUUUAAAGAGGCUGGCUCAUUUAACUUUUAUUUUAUAUUACCUAACUUUUGUGCAAAACACAUAGCAUUUAAUACAUGUAAAAGCUAAAUGGAGUAUAACAUUGACAGUUGUAAAUAGUUGUGUUUUUGCUAUAGGAUAUUUUUAACGCUGUGAAAAGUGCUUGUUAAAUAAAUUUACUGACGCUUA